GCAGCACUUUGUUUUCUUUAUCUUCUUUGGGAUACAACAUGUUAUUACUGCAAAAUAAAGUAAUAAUUUAAUUCACGUCACUCUCAUCAAUAUCCCACAUCUCUGAUCAGCUGAUUUAUGUAGUAAACAAAAAUAAAAACCAAGAGACCGGCGUAAGCUUCUAGAUGGCGUGGCAUUUAAAAAACUAAUAAUUAAGAUCGCUAUGAUUAACGCCAAUAUUCUAGCUGCAAUAAGUGCCGCUAUAGCUGUAAGAGCUAUUGUAUCGCUAUAUUCAUAUUCUGGACAGGGACAGCCGCCCAUGUAUGGCGAUUACGAGGCGCAAAGGCAUUGGCAAGAAAUAACAACAAACUUGGAGCCUAAAUAUUGGUACAAGAAUACAAGUGAAAAUGACCUAUUGUAUUGGGGACUAGAUUAUCCGCCACUAACAGCGUAUCAUAGCUAUUUAUUGGGUAUUAUCGCCGGUAAAUACAAUGAGAGCUUUGUUGGAUUGACCAAAUCACGAGGUGUGGAGUCUGAAACACACAAAGCAUUUAUGCGUUUAAGUGUAUUGUUUGCUGAUGUUGUUAUAUAUCUGCCAGCUUUGGUCUUACUUUGUUUAGUAAUAGUAAAUCAACAAACUAAAAAAUCAUUGCUCGUCUAUCUUAUACCAAUGAUUCUAUAUCCUGGACAAAUUCUCAUAGAUAACGGACACUUUCAGUACAAUAACAUAUCGCUUGGCUUAUUUCUACUUGCUAUAGCUGCUAUAUGUAAAGGAAAGUAUUAUUUAGGAUCAUUCGUCUACACUUUGGCUUUGAACUAUAAACAAAUGGAGCUUUAUCAUGCCUUCCCAAUCUUUAUUUAUCUGCUCCGCACAUGCUUUGACCAAAAGAGUUUUUCGCAAAAGAUUAAAAAGUUCUCAUUAGUAGCCUCAAUUGUUGUAAGCACUUUCGUUGUAUUAUGGCUACCUUGGCUGGGAUCGUUGAACUCAAUUUUGGAGGUAGUGGGACGUCUCUUUCCCAUUGGUCGUGGUGUAUUUGAAGAUAAAGUUUCAAACUUUUGGUGUGUCGUAAAUGUGGUUUACAAAAUAAAAAACAAAUUGUUAAAUCAACAAAUGGCUAUGCUGUGCUUAGGUGUUACUGCUGCUUUUGUGCUGCCAAUUAACGUUCAUCUUUUCUUCAAUAAAAGAAAAGAAACUUUCUUGUUAAGUUUGGUGAGCACCGCCAUGACUUUUUACUUGUUCUCAUUUCAGGUUCAUGAAAAGUCUAUACUGCUUGUCGCUGCCCCCGCAUUAUGUUUAUUUAAUAGCUAUCCACUGGAAACCUUAUGGUUUUUGGAAAUUACUGUCUUCAGCAUGUUUCCACUAUUUGUAAAAGAUGGCCUGGCAAUGCCAUUCUUUGUGCUGCUGCUAAUUUAUCAUAUCUUCGUUAAAGAUAUUAUUUUGAAAGAAUUUAAUUAUCGACAAUUUAAUAAUAGAGUUCUGUCAACCAUAUUCUCUACGUCUGUAUAUUUCAUGUUUAUAAUUGCAUGUGUGUCAUUGUUUGCACCUGCGCCCACAAACUAUCCACAUAUUUGGUCUUUAGUGAUUAGUGUUUAUAGUUUCGCGCACUUUUUCUUAUAUUUUUGUUUCUGCAUUUGGCAACAAUUUGUAAAUGAUUUUACAAAAAUAAAAGCCGCGUAAAAAGUCAUUAUUGUUAAAUGAAAAGUACAGUUAAAAAAUAGAACAAAUUACAGUACACACAC